CUGGACUGUGGGAUCCAUCCUGGUCUGGAGGGAAUGGACGCUCUGCCGUACAUCGACCUGAUCGAUCCGGCUGAGAUCGACCUGCUGCUCAUCAGCCACUUCCACCUGGAUCACUGUGGUGCUCUGCCCUGGUUCCUGCAGAAGACCAGCUUCAAAGGACGCACCUUCAUGACGCACGCCACCAAGGCCAUCUACCGCUGGCUGCUGUCGGACUACGUCAAAGUCAGUAACAUCUCUGCAGACGACAUGCUGUACACAGAGACAGACCUGGAGGAGAGCAUGGAGAAGAUCGAGACCAUCAACUUCCACGAGGUGAAGGAAGUGGCCGGCAUUAAGUUCUGGUGUUACCACGCCGGCCACGUGCUCGGAGCCGCUAUGUUCAUGAUCGAGAUCGCCGGAGUCAAGGUGCGUCCAAACCAACGACUACACCCUCAAUCACUACUUUUA